AUGAAUACUGAAAAGAACUGCCAGAGGUGUAGCGAUCUUGAAAGAUACUGCAUGGAAAAGCACUUAGUGCAAGAUCUGUGUCUCAUUGUGAAACUGAUGACAAGUGACAUGGGAUGCAGUACCCAGGAUCUUCUUGGGAAUGUGAGAUUGGAUUUCCAUGUCACAUAUUUCAUUAAAGUUGUGGAGGGUGGAGAUGUUGAUUCAUUUAUUAGUUUUCUGAGAAGCAAUGGAAAGAUGAAUCAACUUGUGCAAUCUUUCUGUGGCGUGCUGAAUGGACAUUUAAAGGCUGCCAAUGUUGAUUUCGCAGUAGUCUUGAAUGGAAUCAACAGCGUUGUGGGAGGAUCCCUCUCUUUUGCAUUUAAUCUUCUUGGUGGGGUUGUUUCUGGUUUAACUGGUCUUGUAGGUGGUCUUGCUGGUGCUGCUGGUAAUAUUGCAAGUGGUCUUCUUGGUGCUUCUGGUAAUCUUAUUGGUGCUGCUGGUAAUAUUGCAAAUGGUGUUGCAGGUGCUACUGGUAAUCUUUUUGGUGCUGCUGGAAAUCUCGUAGGUAAUCUUGCUGGUACUGCUGGCAAACUUGUAAGUACUGCUGGAAAUAUUGCAGGUAAUGUUGCUAGUACUGCUGGAAAGCUUGGAGGUGGUGUUGUUGGUGUUGCUACAGGUGGUCUUGGCAGUCUUGGAGGUGGUUUUGUUGGUGGUGCUACAGGUGGUCUUGGCAGUCUUGGAGGUGGUGUUGUUGGUGGUGCUACAGGUGGUCUUGGCAGUCUUGGAGGUGGUUUUUCUUGGAAGUGGCUAUAUUAG